AUGACAUGUGAAGAAGAUCCAGCGUAUUCAAUUUUGUUACCUACAUACAACGAAAAGGAAAAUCUCCCUAUAUGUGUUUGGCUAAUUGAAAAGUAUAUGAAGAGGACAGGACUUUCUUAUGAGGUAAUUAUCAUCGAUGAUAAUAGUCCAGAUGGAACAAUAGAGGUAGCUCAGAAAUUACAGGAUGAAUAUGGACGAAAAAAAAUUAUUUUGAAGCCGAGAGUUAAAAAAUUGGGUCUUGGAACUGCUUACACUCAUGGUUUGCAGUUUGCUCGAGGUGAGUACAUUAUCCUGAUGGACGCUGAUUUGUCGCAUCAUCCAAAAUUUAUUCCUGAAAUGGUCAAAUUGCAACGACUUAAAAAUUACGAUAUCGUGACCGGCACACGCUAUACACGAGGUGGUGGAGUCUCAGGAUGGGACUUUAAACGUAAACUCAUCAGUCGAGGUGCUAAUUUCGUAGCUCAGUUUUUGCUACGACCAGGUGUUUCUGAUUUGACUGGUUCUUUUCGGUUGUAUCGUAAAGAUGUAUUGGCAAGGUUGAUCGCUGACAGCGUUUCAAAAGGAUAUGUAUUUCAAAUGGAAAUGAUGUUUCGUGCAAGUAAACUAAAUUAUCGUAUCGGAGAAGUUCCGAUUUCAUUCGUAGAUCGUUUCUAUGGCGAGUCUAAACUCGGCGGUCAGGAAAUUUUCGACUACAUGAAAGGAUUGUUAUAUCUUUUCAUGCUCGUUUGGUAG